AACGCCGGGGUGCGCAUGCGUGCCUCGGUCCCGCGGUCGCGAUUGGCUAGCAGGCGCCAGAGCUGCUGUGCGCACGCGCGGCCGCAGAAGGCAGGUGCUCCGGGCAUGGCUGCCAAAAGUUUUGCUUCCCGCCUCGGAGGCUCCGGGCGCUCUCUGGGCGUCUUCGUGGCCGGAGCUGCGGUGGGCGCCGCGGGAGGCGGGUUCGCGGCCGUGCAGUGGCUCGAGAGGCAGAGCGCCGAGGCGGCGCCGGCAGUGAGGGAGCCCGACGGUUCUGCAGAAAAGUCUCUCUUGGAACAAUUUGGAGUCCCUUUAACUGGAACAGAGACUAGGCAUUACACUAAUCAUGCCUUGUCUUAUGAUCAGUCAAAGCGGGUGCCCAGAUGGGUUCUUGAACAUAUAUCCAAAAGCAAGAUAAUGGGUGAUGCCAACAGAAAACAUUGUAAGUUCAAGCCUGAUCCCAACAUCCCACCAACCUUCAGUGCCUUCAAUGAAGACUAUAUUGGGAGCGGGUGGUCACGAGGACACAUGGCUCCAGCAGGAAAUAACAAAUUUUCAUCUAAAGCCAUGGCUGAAACUUUUUAUCUUUCUAAUAUUGUACCUCAGAAUUUUGAUAAUAAUGCUGGAUAUUGGAACAGAAUAGAAAUGUACUGUCGAGAACUGACAGAGAGGUUUGAAGAUGUCUGGAUAGUAUCUGGACCGUUGACCUUACCUCAGACUGGAAGUGAUGGAAAGAAAACAGUUAGUUACCAGGUGAUUGGUGAGGACAAUGUGGCAGUCCCCUCGCACCUUUAUAAAGUGAUCCUGGCUCGCAGAAGCCCGACGUCUGCUGAACCGCUGGCACUAGGGGCCUUCGUGGUGCCCAAUGAAGCCAUUGGCUUCCAACCCCAGUUAAAUGAAUUCCAAGUGAGCCUUCAGGAUCUGGAAAAGUUGUCAGGACUGGUGUUUUUUCCUCAUUUGGAUAGAACUAGUGGUAUCAGGAAUAUCUGCUCUGUGGACACCUGUAAGCUCCUGGAUUUCCAGGAGUUCACUCUGUACCUGAGCACAAGGAAGAUUGAGGGAGCCCGAUCAGUACUCAGGCUGGAAAAGAUCAUGGAACAUUUGAAGAAUGCAGGGAUUGAACCGGAUGAUUCCUUCAUGAGCCGCUAUAAGAAGAAGCUAGAAGAACUCCAAGCUAAGGAGCAGGCAGGAAUCCUGGAGAGAAACUCAUCUUAGUUUUUUUUUUUUUCUCAGAAGAUAUGUGACAGCAUCUGUAAUGAAGCAGGUGUGUCCUCUUCAGGCUAGUGCAUUUUAGUAGCUUUGCUUGCUUAAAAGAAAUGAUGAAAUCCUAAAUUUAAGACUAAAUUUCGCCCCAAAAAGAUGAAAGAUCUAAAAGUUUUGUCAGUUUUUUAUUUGAUGCAAGAAUGGAUUAUUAAGGGAACCGUAGGACCUGCGGAUUGGGUGCUGAUCUUGUGUCGGGUUCACACAGGACUCUGGACACAAGAUGACCUGGUCUUUGUGUCUGUCUGGAUGUUAGCGCGGGAAAGCAUUUUAUUUUCAUGCCUCCGAAUCAUGCACGGUCUUUGAUGUAUUUGCUCAUCUUUCCUGGAGGCCAGUGUUGAAUGUUUUCUUUCUCUAGGACCUGAGUUGGUCUUUGAGGUGGCAUUUGGAUACCCUCUGUGUACUGUCCUGUCAACAUUUAUGAUAGUGUUACAUAUUUGUUUCUUGCUCCUUCUCUCAUAGAGCUGCUGGUCCUCCAUUUCUGUCCUAUAGAAGCCUUCAGCUACACUUUCUGCACACGUAGUGUGUUCACUAUACCAAGCUCAUUGCUUUACAGCGAUUCUCCGACAUAAAUACCACUGCCCUCAUUUUACGUGUAAAGAAAUUAAGCCUUGGGGACCUUAUGUAUUUUGUCCAGGGUUCACCUUUCCAAAGAAGUAAUCCCAGAAGUAAGAGGCAUGUGGGGCUGAGAAGAAAGACAACAUGAAAUAGAUUGAAAUAAUCCUGACACAGAGGCUUUUGACUCAGAACUGUAUUCACGUGGGAAUCGGUGAUCCUGGACCCGUUUGCUAAGAGGGGUCUGGUUUCUUGUCUGCCAUCGAGCUAAAAGGUCCUGAAUGUCCUCUGACUUGAGCCCUCAGCUCUUUGGGAAGAAACAAUCACAGGUGUUUGAAAGUUAGAGGGCCUUGCUUUGUGGGGUUUAUCAGAGCCCCUACUUGCCUCCAGGAAUGCAGCUCUUUUAGUGACCAGAUGGUGCCAAGUUGAUAUAUUCUUUGCUUUUUAAGGUGAGCAAUUUGUCCAAAGAUUAAGGGACCUAAAAGUCUGUGCCCACAGAUCCAGGAGCUCAUGAUUUGCUUCCCUGGGUAGUAUGGGGCAGGCAGUGCUUUGAGCCAAAUACUCAAAGACAAUUCUCACUAUUUUUAGGGGAAGCAGCGACUUUUUUUCUGAGCCAUGUCUCUGCAUUUGGGUUUACAUGGAAUCCUUUCCCCGGCCUACCAUAAGUAUAGGCAGUGAAAUACCUUAAAAUAGGGCCCAGGAGCUUGUCUAAAUGUACCCUAGCUCUGCUGUCUUUUCGAGUGGUAUUACAAGAACAGUUUUUAUGGUGUUUCAUGUGUUUGUAACAAAUGCCAAGGCUUUAAUAUAAAGGUAAGAUGAUAAUGUUUGA